AUGGCGAGGAAGCACCAGAAUAAAAAGAAGGACAGAUGGAACAAGGCAGCUACGACUACGAGAACGGCAGUACGAAAUAAUGGCAAGAGCGAUGGGCGAGAGCGACGGCGAGAACGGCUGUGCAGAAGGAAAGAGCAAACGAAAGUCAGGAAGACAGGGAGGAAUGGGCAGGAACUUGUCGGGCGCUACAGAAUUAACUACGGGCAGGCGCGGUCGGCAUCGAAAAAGAGCACCAGAAUUGCGAAAGAAGGAGGCAAAGUGAGGCGGAGGGGGGAUGCGCAAGACCACACAAAAGGACGGAAGAGGGAGGGGGAAGUGACUUAUUCGUGA